UUGCCUAAAACGAAACGAGAGAGUGAGAGAAGCCUUCCUCUAGGUCUUCCUCUCUCCGCCGCCGUCACCCACUCCACCACUCCGAGGACGAAUCGCUCGCCUCCCCGCCGGCGACCAUGGCGGAGGAGGCCGCAACCGCAGAAGGAGCUACGCCUCUUCUCCCUGGACUCCCGGAUGAGAUCGUCAUCUGGGAGGUCCUCGUCCGCCUGCCCCCCAAAGCCCUCCUCCGCUGCCGCGCCGUCUGCCGCGCCUGGCGCCGCGCCACCUCCACCCGCGACGUCCUCGUCGCCCACCACGCCCGCCAGCCCGUCCUCCCGCUCCUCUGCGUCUACAACUACAACUUCGUCGGCGACAUCAUCGAGUCCAUGGACAUCAUCCCCUUCGACCGCCGGGCAGGGGCCGCGGCCGACGACCAGCUCCGGCCAGUCGCGCGGCUUGGCCAGCCCCCCUUCCGCGCGAUCGCCUCCUGCGACGGCCUCCUCAUCCUCUCCUCCAUGGACGACUGCCGCUUCGUCCUCUGCAACCCGGCGACUCGUCAGUAUGCUCGCCUCCCGAUGCCCCUUGGCGUCGUGCCCUUGGGGAUGUACUCGCACAGCCCGACCGGCGAGUACCGACUAUUGCUGUACAAGUUCUCCCUUGGACCGGCGUCCGAUGCUCAAUGGGGCUGCUAUGUGUCCGUAUUGGGAUCCGACCAGCCGCCACGGUACAUAGGGUGCCCUGAUGCCAGGGAACUGGUGUUCGUCUCAUCCAUCCUGCUCCGUGGUGGCCUGCACUGGCACAGAGAGCAGCAUGAGACGAUAGUGGUAUUCGACACCACCACUGAGUUGUUCCGGCACAUGCGCGCUCCCAUUGUUUCUCGCUGCACCAACCUGUUUGAGAUGGAUGGAAUGCUCGGCGUGUCCAGCUUUAAUUAUACAGCGGCAACCAUCGAUAUCUGUAUGAUGCAGGACUAUGAGGGCGAGCUACAUCAGGAUCCCUUUGACCAGUUUUGCCUCCAGUUUUUGCAUUCUUCUGCAUUGUAUCAUGUUCCUCCUAUGGUGUAACUGCUAGCUGGGGAUAAUAACUUGGCCAAAAGACAAGAGUUGCCUGCUUUGCAGUGAAGAUGAAACCUGAUAACAUAUGUUCUCGGAUUGUGAUGUUACCAAGCUAGUUUAGCAACAUUUGGCUCGCAUUGUCUCUGGGUCUGAUUUAGCCAAUUAUGAAUCUGCUGUUAGAAUUUGGAUCAGUAAUAGUAAGUAAGAAACAUGCUGCUGUGAAUAUGCUCACAUAUUGGUUGUAAUAACAUCUUAUAUUAUGGGACGGAGGGAGUAUAAUCUUUGCUUGCAUCGCUUGGGCUGGUCUAUAAGGUACUCUGGGAGAGGCUGCUACAUUUCCUAAAAUGUUGGCGAGCAGCAAACACUGCUCCAGGAAGGCUCUGGUGACUCCCCAGCUCAGCUUAAACUAUAGAACGGCUUCCUUGAUUGCCCCGAGACGCAAGAAAUCAGGGAUACGCGAUCGUCUCUGUAGUUUCUAUCCUGGCGUGUUUUCAGUUAUGCUGAUGUGAUGCUGGCUGUAAGAACAAUAAUUCAUGACUACUAUAUGUCGAGGUUUUGAGAUGUGGCCUAUUUAAAAGGUCUGUAAUGGUCUUAACUGUUGUGAAACUGUUUUCAUUUCGUUUCAAAUGGAACAGGGCGAAGAGCCUUUUUAUCUAAAUAAUUCAAAAUCUAUUCAGUUA